CCUUAUAUACUACUCAUUGCAAACAAAUCCCUUGCACACAAAACUCUUUCGUUUCUGUAGAGAUUCCAUCCCGGUUUCUCUCAUAAUGGAGAAUGCACACUCGCCCGUUUCCAUUCCUGAGGCCUCUCCCAAGCCUUAUAAGAAAAGCUUUGUUGCUACUUUAAUGGAGGCCACCAGCUUCCGCUCCCCUUUCAAGGAAGACACCUACUUCAUCUCCCAUUUGAAGUCUUCCGAGAAGAAGGCGUUGCAAGAGCUCAAGGACGAGCUCAUGGCUUCUUAUGGCCCGGACGGGGAAUGCACCAUGUGGGGUGUCCCUCUUCUUGCCGAAGAUGAGAAAGCGGAUGUCGUUUUGUUGAAGUUCUUGCGAGCCAGGGACUUCAGGGUUUCGGAUUCCUUCAACAUGUUGCAAAAGUGUCUUGCUUGGAGGAAAGAGUUCAAGGCCGACGGUGUUGGGGAAGAAGAGUUGGGAUUCAAGGAGCUGGAUGGCGUUGUUGCUUAUAUGCAUGGCUACGACAGGGAAGGCCACCCUGUUUGCUACAAUGCUUAUGGAGUUUUUAAAGAUAAGGAAAUGUAUGAGAGAAUCUUCGGCGAUGAAGAGAAGUUGAACAAGUUUUUGAGAUGGAGAAUUCAAGUUCUGGAGAGAGGAAUCGGUCUCUUGCACUUCAAGCCUGGCGGGGUUAACUCUAUUGUUCAGGUCACUGAUCUCAAAGACAUGCCCAAGAGGGAGCUUAGGCUUGCCUCCAAUCACCUCCUCUCCCUCUUUCAAGACAAUUACCCUGAAAUGGUGGCUCGAAAGAUUUUCAUCAAUGUCCCAUGGUACUUCAGUGCACUGUACUCGAUGUUCAGUCCGUUUCUAACUCAGCGAACUAAGAGCAAGUUUGUGAUUUCCAGAGAAGGAUACGCUGCCGAAACGCUCUACAAGUUUAUAAGGUCUGAAGAUGUUCCAGUGCAGUAUGGUGGUCUGAGUGGACCCAACGAUUUGCAGAAACCGGCAUCGGAGUUCACAGUCAAAGGAGGAGAGAAAGUGAACAUCCAAAUCCAAGGGAUUGAGGGUGGAGCAACCAUAACAUGGGAGCUGGUAGUGGGGGGAUGGGACUUGCAAUAUAGUGCAGAGUUCGUCCCCUACGCAGAAGGAAGCUACACCAUUGCAGUGGAGAAGACGAGGAAAGUAAGUGCUUCAGAGGUGGCCAUUCACAACUCCUUCACCUCAAGAGAAGCAGGCAAAAUGGUGCUGUCCGUGGAAAAUACAACUUCCAGGAGAAAGAAGGCUGGUGCUUAUCGAUAUAUUGUACGCAAAUGAGGGUUGGAGUAGGUUCAAUGAGUAAUUUUGGUUAA